GCCGCUUCAGAGCAGCUCAGAAGAAGAUGCCAAACAAACAUGUCAGGAAGGGAAGUGGAAGAUAGCCGAGACACCGGCGGUUCAGCUAACAGUGGUGAUAAUGCGGAGAAUACUCCACCGACAUCGCCUGGAGAUGAAAGCUCGGACAGUCCUGCACCUCAGUAUGCUCAGGACCUCAAAAGCGUCCUGGUCACCAGCGUUUUAAACCUGGAAGAGCUCGACGUAGACCUCUACAGAGGGACACACCACUGGGUGCCUCGCAGUCAGCGUCUGUUUGGGGGUCAAAUAGUCGGUCAGGCCCUCGUAGCUGCUGCCAAAUCUGUCAGCGAUAACCUCUAUGCCCACUCUCUCCACUGCUACUUUGUACGAGCAGGAGAUCCAAAGGUUCCAGUGCUGUACCAGGUGGAACGCACGAGAGAUGGCCGCAGUUUCACAGUACGCUCUGUGAAGGCCAUCCAGCAUGGACAGCCCAUACUUAUCUGCCAAGCGUCCUUCCAAAUGUUGCAGGAGAGUCCCCUGCAGCACCAGUUCACUAUGCCGGUGGUCCCCCCGCCUGAAGACCUCCUCACUGUAGAGGAGCUUAUUCAUCAGUAUCUCAGUAAACCAGACCUAGCAGAGAAUGCAAGACAAGGCCUUAACAAACUGCUGGCUGAUGAGGUGCCCAUUGAGAUAAAGCCUGUCAACCCGCCACUCUUUUAUGGACGUGCUGCAACUGAGCCGAAGAAGCUGUUCUGGGUGCGAGCACGAGGAUAUAUUGGUGAAGGCAACAUGAAGUUGCAUUGCUGCGUUGCUGCUUACGUAUCGGACUAUGCAUUCCUGGGCACAGCGUUGCUGCCUUACCCCAGAUAUAGGGCCAGAUUUGCAGCCUCCCUGGACCACGCCAUGUGGUUCCACAGCACUUUCCGCAGUGAUGAGUGGAUGCUGUAUGAGUGUGAGAGUCCAUGGGCAGGUGGCAGCAGAGGAUUGGUUCAAGGCCGACUGUGGAGAAGGGAUGGGGUGCUGGCCGCCUCGUGUUCCCAGGAGGGGGUCCUGAGAGUGACGCCUGUCAGAGAGUCCAGCAAACUUUAAGCACAUUCCCAAGAUUUUUUUGGAUUGUUUUAUUAAUGUGUAACUCUAAUUAUACACUUAAUUUAAUAUAACAUUAUUAAUAUAAUAACAUAUUGAUGUAAUGGUCAUAAUGGAUGACUGCUUCUCAUUUGUGAGCUGAGAUGUCUUUAGAACUUUCUCUUUCCAAAAAGUUACAAGUUACCAAGUUGAUUCCAUUAGUUUUCAUGUUUAGUCAUGCUUGUCUGUCAAAUUCUAUGUCAGAUUUUACUGCAAAGACUAGGCUUCACAUCAAUACACAAUAAGACACAAAAAGCAUGUGGUUUUAAUAGGGUCAGAGGGUUCGUAAUGAAACAAAAUAGUGGAAAACUGCCCGCCACUGAGCUGUGUUGUGAAAAGGAAGAGAAACAUUUUAAAUGUGUGAAAGUUCCAGAAGUAGAAAUUGAGAUGGCAUAACAUUUGUAUGCCUGUCACAUAUGCUGCUAUCUGCAACAAGGUUAUCUCAGUGGGAAGGAAAGAUAAGCCUUUUUAAAGAGAAAAAAAGGGUGUGAAUGAGUUGCAGAGCAGGACAAUGAAUGAAAGGAACGCCCUGAUCCACCAGUGGACGGAGAAGUUACAUUAUUGUGGGGUAGGACUUUAAAGUACAUGUACAACCUGAUCCAUGAAUGGAAAAUGAAAUAAUUGCAAUCAUUGAAGAGCGGGACAGCCUGGAAAAUGUACAGUGUGUUCUUCUAAAAGAGACCAAAAAGGCCCUCCUCAUACAUCAUCUGUAAUGAAGCUUUACUCUUUUACCGAACAGAGACGAACUUGAAGGAUGUCUCAUUCCGAACUCAUCAAAUGACGACGCUCUGGGAUUCUAGGACAGGUCGGCCACCAUCCAAAGCAUCAGUUCUAGACAGAGUUGGGAGUGAGACUCAAAUCUUUUUAUUUACAAAAAGCACCAUUAAUUGCCACACAGUAUAGUAAGCAGCAGGAAGAGGUUAAAGCUGCCUCUUAGAGUUUAGCAUCCACCUUCAGAUUAUUUUAAUUUGUCUGGAAGCUGAACACUUUCAGCCAUCUAGAAUCACCUAGGCAGGAUGAUGUUGCUAUUGGGGAUUUUUUAUCCAUCUGUCAGAGUUACAGUUUAAAAACUUUGUGAGGCAGCUUGAUAUUAGUAUACUGUCUUUUCAGGACCCUGUGCAUCCCAUGAUGCACAGGGUCAGAGGCCACUCUGUCAAAAUCCCUUAAGUGGCUCGCGCCCUUCCUGCAUCUUGGUCUGAAAAGUGAAUCCAGCACUAGAGUACUUUGAAUUGGCACUCAUUCUAAUGGCCGGCAGGGGGCUAGUCCACUGGUUUCAAAAGUGUUUGUAAGCUUAUGAGAACGUGACCAUGUUUGUACCUUGAUCCAUUACCUCAGUAAACAGUUUCUCAGUGA